AUGUAUGCUCUACGGUUUACCGCAUCGUUCACGAGCCUGGUAUUCCCCGUCAUUAGCAAAUCUCUCUUUAUGAAGACAUUGGACCUUGCUUAUGGGCCACGCGGUGUGUUUGGUCAUACUAGUGCCAAUGCUUGUGUCUGCUCUUUCAUCGCGCUCGUAAACUUGUUUGGUUUUGACGACAACAUGCAUGGGCCUGUGAACUUUGGGUCCUAUGCUUCUGCAGCCCAGAAAGCAGUGCCCCAUAUCAUUCAGGAGAUGACAGUCGAUGGCCUUCAAUCGCUGGUGAUGCUUGCUAUUGUUGAGUAUCAUGUGCGGGAUCUUUUCUGGGUGUGUUACUCGUUCGACAAGGAUAUUUCUCUUAGGAUGGGCCAGCCCGCAUCCAUCAAUGACCUCGAUUGCGAUCUAUCAUUGCCUUUGGAGUAUGCUCGCCUGCAAAACUCCAACAUCCAACGGGAUGAUCUGAAACCCGACGAUCAUACACUUCCUCUUUACCCUUGGGAUCUGCGACUUUCAAAGAUCAAAUCAGAGGCCUACAAUACCCUGUACUCAGUUAACGCCAGCUUCAAAUCGGACUGUCAGAUCCUCGAGAGCAUUAGAUGCCUUGAUGCGGCGCUGGAGGAGUGGAGGCUAUCACUCGAUUCCAAGAUUCGUCCAAUGCUGUGCUUCUCGUCGGAUAUGUCGACCAAAGCAACUUUGAACACACAGGAAGUGAUACUCCGACUCGCAUAUUACCACUGUUACCAGAGUUGA